AUGGCGUCCAUGCAAGAAGGAAAGCCAGCAAUUUCCGGUUCGGAACUGAACAACGCUCCACUGUCGUCCCUUGGCAGCUCAGAAACCAGUUCCGUGACGGAAGGGAUGGCGGUCGCCGUCGACGAGAAAAGUGGACGUGUUCUGAUAUCCAGCCAAGAAGCGAAAGAAGCCAACGAAGCCGGCGACCCGGACGAUGCAGACGACGCAGACGUGGAGUAUCCUCAAGGGCUCAGGCUGGUUCUCAUCAUAUUCGGGCUCGCCAUGGCCGUGUUCCUGGUCUUUCUGGACAUGACCCUGAUCGCAACCGCCAUCCCCGCCAUCACGAAUCAGUUCAAUUCCCUGCAACAUGUCGGGUGGUACGGCUCUGCGUAUAUGCUCAGCUUGGUCUACGGGAAGUGCUUCGAACUCUUCUCCCUCAAAUGGACCUUCAUGGUGGCCAUCGCCUUCAGAGAGGUCGGCCUCGCAGUCUGUGGGAGCGCGCCCAACUCUGUCGCCUUCAUCGUCGGUCGAGCCAUUACGGGUAUCGGGUGCAGCGGCAUCAUCAUCGGCGCCUGGGUUGUCCUUGCUCAUUGCGUGCCCAUCCGGAAACGCGCCGUCUACACCGGCUUCCUGGGCGCGUUCUCCGGAGUCGGCGGCAUCAUCGGACCUCUCAUCUCGGGGGCCCUGACAGACAGCCACCUCUCCUGGCGAUGGGCUUUCUACGUCAGCAUCCCGCUCGGUGUCGCCACGCUGGCCUUGAUCUGCUUCUGCUUCCGGCCGCCGGAACAGCGCGACCAAGACAGGAACAAGACCAUCAAGCAGAAGCUCAUGGAGUUUGACGUGCUCGGACUGUCCAUCUUCUUCGCCUGCAUGAUCUGCCUCCUGCUGGCCCUUCAAUGGGGCGGUUCGGAGUAUCCUUGGAACAGCGGUCCCAUGAUUGGCCUGCUUGUCGCGUUCGGAGUUCUCCUCGUCUGCUUCAUCGGCGUGCAGAUGUGGAAGGGGGACAAAGCAGCUCUGCCCCCGCGCCUGAUGAAGAUGCGCAACGUCGCUUUCGCCUGCUUCUAUGCUGCUUGCAUCGACGCAGCAUACUACACGGCAGACAUCUGGCUCCCGAUUUGGUUCCAGGCCGUCAAAGGCGAGUCGGCCAGGGAGUCUGGCAUCAAACUUGUCCCUUAUGUCGGCGGAGAAGUUCUCGCCGCCUUGACGGCGGGCUACCUGGUCACAUUUACUGGCUGGUACAAUCCUUUCAUGCUCAUCGCCACGGUCCUAGCAUCGAUCGGCCUAGGCUUGAUGACAACAUUCGAGAUUGAGACCGGGCCCAGCAAAUGGAUCACAUAUCCCAUCAUUGCCGGAAUCGGGGUCGGCCUGGGAUCGCAGCAGCCGAUGAUGGGAGUGCAGUCCACGCUGGCACUCUCUGAUAUUCCAGCAGGCACGGCUGCCGUCACGCUAUUCCAAAACCUGGGACCGGCCAUCCUCAUGUCCGUCGCCAAUGCCGUCUUUGCAAACGGCUUGACAAAACACCUCCACGGCACGGGAGGCUUCAGCGGGCGGACGAUUGCCGACAUGGGGGCCACCAACCUCAAAGCAAUGAUCCCAGCAGACCUGCUUCCCGCCGUCAUUGAGGCCUACAACAAGGCACUCAAGGAGACUUUUAGCGUGCCAAUGGCUGUUGCGGUGAUUUCCAUCGUUGGGGUUGUCGGUAUGAAGUGGAAGAAGUUGCCUGCUUAG